AUGGGUGAUACUAUCAGGAAUCGGACGCUCCCACUCGAUGAGUCGACGGCGUCGCCGCCGCCGCCGCCGGCCUGCGUUUACUACGCAGGGUGCCCGGGCUGCGCCAUGGAGCGGAAGAAGGGGAACAACACGGGGAUCCCAUACAAGGAGUUGUUCUUUGUUGGCAUCACCACCCUUUCCUCCGCCUUACCAGUAUCAUCUCUGUUUCCCUUCUUAUAUUUUAUGAUAGAAGAUAUGCGUGUGGCAGAAAACAAAACAGACAUUGGAUUGUACGCUGGUCUUCUUGGUGCAUCAUACAUGGCUGGUAGAUGUUUUGCCUCAAUAUUUUGGGGUGUGGUGGCAGAUCGUAUUGGAAGAAAACCUAUCAUUGCGUUCUCCCUCUUCACAGUGGUAAUAUUUAAUACUUUAUUUGGACUGAGUACAAAGUAUUGGAUGGCGAUUACCACAAGAAUGCUUCUUGGUUCACUUAAUGGCAUGCUUGCCCCAAUAAAGGCUUAUUCAGCUGAAGUUUGUCGGCCUGAACAUCAUGCUCUAGGAUUAUCCAUUGUAAGCACUGGUUGGGGCAUAGGUCUUGUUAUCGGUCCAUCUAUUGGAGGAUUUUUGGCACAGCCUGCAAAGCAAUAUCCAAAUCUAUUUUCAGAUAAGUCAAUUUUUGGGAGGUUUCCUUAUUUCCUGCCAUGCCUUUGUAUUUCACUGGUUGCGUUGGUUGUUUUAAUAAGCUGCAUAUGGCUACCGGAGACUCUUCAUAUGCAUAAAAACUUGCGAAGAGAAGUAGAAAUGGUUGAUGACUCAAGUUCGAUUCCCAGUGGAGAAGCAUAUACGAAUUCAGAGAAGAGCCUAUAUCGGAACUGUCCAUUGAUGUCCUCUAUAAUUGCCUAUUGUGUUUUCACCCUUCAUGACACGGCAUACAGCGAGAUACUUGCCUUGUGGGCUGUAAGUGACAAAAGCUACGGUGGACUAAGCUUGGCAUCUAAAGAUGUCGGUCAAAUUCUUGCGGUUUCAGGUGCUGGUCUUCUUGCGUACCAACUGCUGGUUUACAGACAUGUUCAUAAAUAUCUCGGAUCCAUCGUAUCAUCCCGCAUUGCAGCUGCUCUGUCCAUACCUCUUCUUGCUGCUUACCCGUUCAUGUCACAACUAUCAGGGACUAGAUUUGGGUUAGCUAUUUAUUUUGCCACAAUUUUAAAGGGUACUUUGGCGACGACUAUCUUAACAGGCACUUGCAUUCUGCAAAACAAUGCUGUGCCACAAAAUCAAAGAGGUGCUGCAAACGGCGUAUCUACAACUGCAAUGUCCCUGUUCAAGGCUAUCGCUCCAGCAGGAGCAGGUGCUCUGUUCUCAUGGGGGCAAAAGCGCCAAAAUGGUUCCCUCAUUCCUGGAAAUUAUGGACUUAUGGUACCCAGCAAUCAACUCAUACUUGAUGGCUGUAUACCACUUGACCUAAUAUAA